AUGUCGUUGCUCAAGACUUCGAUGGUAAAUUUCGAGAGCGAAUGGAAAGAAAUGCAGCCAUCGCUGGCAUCAUUGGUCACGGGAAUGCCACAGACACUGACGAAUGAAAAGUGGCUCAAGAUGUACUCUGGCAUUUACAAAAUCUGUACAAAUCCUGGAGCUCCACAAGCAGAAAUGUUAUUUUUUCGAUUGCGAGAGAUGCUGAUACAUCAUGUCGAAUCAAUCUUGAAGGAGCUGGAAUCAAUUGAUGGCGAAUCCGAGUUCCUGCAUCACUACUGCUCAUCAUUUGAGUCGUUUGCAACAGGAACAAACUACAUUUCAGAGCUUUUUCGCUAUCUGAAUCGCUAUUGGAUCUCGUAUUCCCACUGUGAGACUGGACACGCUCCUGUUCCAGGAGUGUAUCCUAUCACGGAACUUUCGCUUCAUAUUUGGCACGACAUUGCAUUUUCUGAACUCAAGAAGCGCCUCGUGAAAGCAAUUAUUCAUAUCUUUCAUGCGGCACGACGUGGUGGAAGCGAAUGUUUUGACGAUGGUGACUGUGUUGCCAAAACGGUUCAGACAUACUUUAGUAUAGGCCUCUGCAAACAGGAUCAGAUGAGUCUUUAUCGAGACGAAUUGGAGCAGCCUUUUUAA